AUGUACAAUUAUCGGAUGAUACCACGCAAAGUUACAGCAUACCAAGAAAACUUCCCUAACUUAUCGCCUCCUUCUCAAGGUCCUAGCUCGUACUGGGGCCGAUCAGAUUCAGACUCACAAUGUUCUUCUUCGGUUCCUGAUUCCGAGAUUGAUAUCGAGGAACAAUUAUUACUAAACAUGCUGGACUCACUUUACAACGUGUACAUGGCUAAGGUGCUAGCGGUAACCAUCGGUACCCAACAACGGUGGAGGAUGCUAUGCCCUGACUGCAAAGAAUGGGUCCAGACUAGCGUAUCAUCUCAACUACCUCUCUGGCAUCCUGGGCAGUUCAGCUCGUUGAGCAACCAUCGAGGCAGCCGUAAGUGCAUCAAGGCAUCGACCGAUAAAACAAAACCUAUGUUUGUUCGGACCGUGUCUGAUGCGCCUUUGUCUCGUUCCCUGAGCCUUACAUCCGAACAUAGACCUUGUCGUGUUCUCUCACCUGUUCUUAAUAGUGUCUGCACUGGAGUUCCCGUUGUCUGGCCAGAAGACCUCCGUCCCUUCAUCAUGCUCUUUCCUUGGGAGCGCUAUCAUGAUGGCCCAGACGCCCUACCUUUCCUUGUAGGCACUCGAAAUCCCAGCGCUCUUCGCCUCCGAUCUAAGCGCUGCUUGUCACAUGGUACUCCCUGUGACGAGUGCGCCGAAAUCCCUCUUCAUGUUGAACAUCUGGCAGAUAUUGCACCCAUUCCAAAAGCGCACACUAACUACAAGUUCUUAGGUCUUGCACAUAUGCAGGACAUUGCAAGGACUUAUGCAGAACAAAUCAAGCAGUUGAAGCUACAGCUAAAUGAUUCACGCAAGUACAUGAGUGUGCUCACACAGCUCGACGACUACAAUCGACUCCUCAUGGCUGUAUCUGAGCAAGACAUCCCUCGCCUCCAACAAAUCAUUAAUGUUGCUUUACGCAAUGGUGCCAGCAUUCGCCAGGUGGUCAACAAGCUUGAGGAUGCCCUUGAGGGGGCGUACCACCCUCGAGGCUAUGAUGCGAAUGACCUAGAUAUCGCUACACUUGUGUAUAGGCUCGGUGGACAUCAACUUCUCUUCGCACUAAUUGUUCUUAGUGGUUGCACGGAUUCAGUCUUAUGCGGUGUCAGUCUUAUGAUUGACGAGAUCGCACUCGAGGAAAUGGCUGUCCAUUUCAGCAAGUACAACAAGGUCGGUGGUUUGUGCUGGAAGCACUCACACACUAUCGAUCCUGUCCUCCGGACCUACGAAUCUGCAGUCUACAUUGCGCAGAAGAUCCACGAUGGUCAUGUCCAUCUGGGCAAGGAACUGACUGUUAUGGGAGCCUUGUGUUUUGGCCGGGAUGAAAUAUUCCCUAUAUUAGCUGCUCCUACUUGCAAGACCGAGAACACCAAUGACAUGGAGCAGAUCCUUGCUAAAGCCAUUUCUCGGUGGAACUCAACUGGUGCGGCGGUGCAGAUCGGACCAGUCUGGCUGUUUGUCAAGAGUCCACUCUCUGAGGGCUCAGAUUUGUAUGGUACACUUAUCAACAUGCCGGGAUUGAAUCUGUUCACUGGUAACAACGAGGUAACGCUCGACUUUGACUUCAAACACAUAUUCAAGCGCGAUCCUCAAGAUGUCCCUCGUGCUGUUGAGCUUGUGCUUGCCGUCAUUGAGUUCUCCAAUUCUCAACAUUCCAUCAUGAACGACUCGUUUUCGACUGACAUUGACACUCGUGCGGAUCUCCAAUCAAUUGCUCUUCUUAGUGCUCUCUUGGAGUCCAUCCUCCUGCCUUUCACUGAUGUCUCUCUCUCCCUGUCCGAACAAUUUGUACUGCUCAGUCAAUACUCUCAUCUUACGUUCGCCUUCUUUCAUGCACAUCGACGCUCAUUCAUGUCUUAUCAAUUGUAUUAUGACACACAAACAAUGGUAAAGAACUUGGUAUUCUGCCUCGCUAAGCAACAAACGCUAGACCCCUACGCUCCUUUUUUCCUUGGGGAUGUUGGGGACGAUCCCCUCGAGAUCCUUUUCGGGCGCAUGUGCAUGAUUGGGGGCCAUAACUCCACGUCUUCGUAUGCUCAGGCUCUUGAUCGUUUAGGAGCUGCGAAGGAUAUCGACGGUGUCUUCAGGCAUCAUCCAGAGCUGGAUUCAGGCCACCGGCGCCUCAAAUUAACGUGUCAGGAAGGUGUUGAUCACAUCAAUCGCGAGAUCUGGAAGGGCAAUAUCAUUUCCGGCCGAUGUGAUCUGCCCAUGGCAUGGCACAGUGGUUGUGAUACUGCUCUUUCCAUCCUUGCCACAUCCCAACUCGAGCCAACUCAUUAUUCAUUUGCAGAGCUUUUCAGUGUGCCUGGCAUUGAUAUGCUACGUCCAUUUGGACAAAACAGGUACCUCGGGAUCACUACAGACAACGACCUCGAGGACACCAGUGAAGUUCCCUCUAUGCCUCCUCCAGUUGCAAUCACCCCUCUCUCUCAGUGUCUAGAGACAGUCUUGGCACAUGAUCACGACCACUCAGUUCCUGACCCUGAGGUCUCAGUGGGAGGUGAUGAUGACAAAGAAAUAAUGCUUACUUUCCAGGAGGCAUUGAUUGACGAGUCAUCCACUGACACCCCUGCUCCCUCCUCAUCUUCUCAGCACAUCCCUCGAGACCCGUCGACUCCUGCUUUGCCACAGGGGCCUGGAAUACACCCCGACGAUUACCUCCUAUACAAAGGAAGGUGGAUCCACAAACAGACGAUAUGUCGUCUCGUGAUCAACAAGGAUUUUAUCUCCAAGUCCCUUAAUUGCCUUGAGCACGUCUGUGGAGGUUAUACUAAAGUCAACAAACGUGUUGAUGUAUCUGCAGGUCGUAUCACAGAUCCCAAUCUCUUUCUUGUCGGGGACAUUUUUCUCACUGUCCUUCACUCUGGUCGCACUCUUUCGAUUGGUGUACUUCGUUCCACUGCUGUCAGCCUCAACAAUAUCUCUCGUGCAUCAAUUAAUGUGACAAUAAUGAAGGCAUUGCGAAACACGGCUAAGAUAACCGGUCAACUACUCAGUCUCGUGGCAACUGACCCUUCUCCUGACAGCUCUCAGUCGUUUUUAUGGGACGGGGGAUACAUCAAGGCUCAUUCCAUUAUUCAAGGAACAUUGGAGCAUACAGAACAUGUCGUUAUGGUCACUGUUCCUGGUUCCCUCGUCGAACCAGUCAAUCCCGAGGCCACUUUCAUUCGCUUAAGGGACGAUGUCAACACUGACAAGUUUACUCAAGUACACGGCAGCCAAAGCACCUGGAAGAUCUCUCAGGACAUAAUGCAAGCAGCUUGUGAACUCCUUUGGGCCAAAGCCAACGAGUUGAAGGUCACCCUGAAGUCUAUUGCAGUCAUCAUUCCAUCAGAUCCAAACAUGUUCCCUUACCGACUCCCAGAUGGCACUCCGGCAGUCAUUUCUGUCGAGGCCAGCAACCAACUCACAGCGUCCAAAGGAGAGCGCAUCACAACGUGUCCGCUUUGCGACACCAAGGUCAUCGACAUGUCGGUCUUCCAAGUCCCUGUGGUUUUUGUGGUUGUGCUGGAGCACCCGAGUGCGCUAUCACAAUCACAGUACCUAGCAGCGGAGCACCUACCUGGGAAACGAAGUGCAUAUACAAGCACACAUUCAGGAUCAAAAAAGAAGCCCUGUCACAACUUGCCCCUCAAAUGCGAACUUUGCCACCCUGUUCUCCCUCCUCAACCCAGCAAGACCAUGCGAAAAGUACCCAUUCUCCCCGUUGAAUCUGUGUGGCGCUACAACAUGAUAGCACACAUCCUGGACCAGCACGAGGAGUACACUGUCCCUGGACAUAGAGAGGCAGGAGUUCCAUUGCCGGUAAGCAUUUGGAGGACGAUGAAGCUUACAGAUCUCGAGCAGGGCGCUUCACGCAUCCCAAAGGAUCGCUGGCAGCCCUCGUACAGUGGUUCGUCGGAGCGGGAGAAGGAAAAUGUACCUGUAGCGUCGGGUUCUCGUACUAAACGUCCUGCCAUCGAGUCCGCUGGAUCUCUUCUCUCCAAACGAGCUCGUACAUCCCUCCAGCAUAGUACUUCACAUUAG